AUGGACGGCGCCGCUCUCUGUUCCAACCCUGACGAUCCGCCGCCCCACCCGACCCCACCGACGCUGGAGCCCUACGUCUCUCCCUCGCAGAGCCAUCUCGCAGAGGAUUCCUCUGCCUCCGGCUCCCUCCUCUCAGGUUCCGGGCUGCUCCUUGCCCGAUCACUCCUUGGACGGCGCAGCUCUUCUUCCUCCCCUUCCACCUCGCCCUCACCCACCUCCUGCUCCCUUCGACGACGUCGCGAGUUCACUCCAGAUGAGAAGAAAGAUGAUAGUUAUUGGGACAAGAGGCGCAAGAACAAUGAGGCUGCGAAACGGUCGAGGGAGAAGCGCCGGGCGGGCGACCUUGCCCUGGAGAAUCGAGUUAUCGCUCUUCUUGAGGAGAACGCCCGUCUACGCGCUGAGCUUCUAGCCCUCCGCUUUCGCUUUGGCCUUGUACGAGAUCCUUGUGAAGAAAGUAGGGCAAACUACCCACCUCCGUGUGGGCCACACGAACCAUCCCCUCCAAGCGCUCCGCCACCUCUGCCUCAUUCUGAAGACUCCGGGUUUUCGACGCCUAGUGUGGGCAGCCCCGUUUUCUUUGAAGACCGGGUCCCUGAGCCAGAGCCGCAGCCACUGGCGCCUUCUAACAUGCCUUAUUAUGGAAACGUUGGAGGGGAAACCGUGGAGAGUCCCCGGCUCAGGAUAGAAACCCUAGGCGAGAACUUUAAGAGCCUUCCACACAAGUUAAGGUUCAAGGCUUGUGCGCCUGGAGACGAAGGAACACACGCUACAACACCAGUGACCCGAGAAAAUACCAGUUUUGCCCCUGAAGCCAGUCCCGGAUUCUCCCAGCAGCCUAUGAUCUGCCCCCAAAGACGGUGGGGUCCUCAAGGCCAGGACGCCGCAACCGCCCCAGCCUCCGAUAACCCCGACCUCCGAUCCCAGCUGGCCUCGCUGUCAGCGGAGGUGGCCCAGCUAAAGAAGAUCUUCUCGGACCAGCUGGUGACGCGCGGCGGCCCGGACUCCGCAUUAGGAUCCUGA